UUUAAAUUGUAACAAUGGCUUAUAUAUAUGUGUAUAUAUUUUUUUAUUCCAAAUAUUUUUUGGGGUUUUUGUUUUUUCUAUUUAUUGGCUUCCCAUUGUGCUUAAAUGCUGAAGUUGGUUUUCUUGAUUCUGUUGUGCUAUUUUUUGGUGUUGAAUCUGAAAGGGUGUUUAAAAAGAAUGCUUUUUUGGUGUUGUUUUGUUGAGGAUUUUAGUUUUUGUUUCUCUUUCUUGAUUUUUAUUAAAUGAGUGAUCUUUUUUUAACUAAUGUUUCUGGAAUUGAACUUCUUGUAUAAUGACUGAUAUGGUUUUUUUUUGUUAAUCUCAAAUAUUUUGUGUUUGUUUUUGUUUUUGUAUUUAUUGGCUUCCCAUUGUAUUUUCUUGUUUUACUUGUGUUUUUUGGGCUAAAUGCUGAAGUUGGUUAUCUUGUUUUGUGUCUUUUUUGGCUAUUGAAUCUGAAAGGGUAUUCAAAAAGAUUGUUUUUUUAGUGUUGUUUUGCUGAGGGUUUUAGUUUUUCUGUUUCUUGGCUAAAUGCUGAAGUUGGUUAUCUUGUUUUGUGUCAUCUUUUUUGCUAUUGAAUCUUAAAGGGUAUUCAAAAAGUUUUUUUUUUUUGUGUUGUUUUGCUGAGGAUUUUAGUUUUUCUGUUUCUUGGUUGGUUUUCUUGUUUUGUGACUUUUUUUGCUACUGAAACUAGUGGUAUUCAAAAAGAUUGUUUUUUGGUGUUGUUUGGCUAAGGAUUUUAGUUUUGCUUAUCUGAGUAUUUCUUGUUUCUCUUUCUUGGUUUUGUUAAAUGGGUGAUCUCUUUUAUUUUUCUUAAUCUAGUAAUGUUGCUAGGAUUGAAUUUCUUAGUUGCAAUGUGUUAAUUUGAUUCUAUUGUUUGUUGUGUUUGGUUAUCACACUAUUUUGUAUUAGUAGCUAUGUUUUCUUCAUCGUGUUUUUAUGUUUUAUACCUACUUUGAUUUGCUCUACUCGAGGGUCCUCCGGAAAAAGCCUCUCUACCUCCACGAGGUAGGGGUAAGGUCUGCCUAUUACUGGACCCUGCUUGUUGGAUUUCACUGGAUAUGUUGUUGUUGUUGUUGUAAUGUCUUGAUUGGAAAGAGGUAAAAAGGGUUUGUAAUUAGAUGAAUGUUCUAGUUUGCUGCUGCAAUUUUAAUAUCAGUUGCCUGUGAAUUUUGGUUUGAUUAAAGAUACCUCUUUUAUUCAAUUUUAACAAACAUUAAUGGCUGGGUACCCAAGUUGUGGAAUUGAGGGCGCUGAGAUGGAUGUGUGGGCAUACUAAAAGCGAUAGGAUCAAGAAUGAGGAUAUCCGGGACAAGGUGGGAGUGGCUUCCGUGGUGGACAAGAUGAGAGAAGCGAAGUUGAGAUGGUUUGGGUAUGUGAAGAGGAGAAGCGCAGAUGUCCCCGUGAGGAGGUUCUAGAGUUCGGAUAUAGUGGAUACAAGGAAGGUAGAGGUAGGCCAAAAAAGUAGUGGGGAGAGGUGAUUAGGCAGGACAUGACGCAACUUCAGCUUACUGAGGACAUGGCCUUUAAUAGGAGGGUGUAAAGGUUGCAAAUUAGGGUAGAAGGUUAGUAGGCAGUGGGGGUGUUGUCUGCUGUAGUAUUAGCCUUAUUCUUGUAGUCUAUCAAUUUUGAUUUCAUAUCAUCAUCUGUGUUUAUUGUGUUUCGGUUAUCGCACUAUUUUGUUACUGUUACUGUUUUGUUCAACUAGUGGCUAUGUUUUCUUCAUUUUGUUUUUACCCUAUUCAUACCUACUUUGAUUUGCUGUACACAAGCCCGUGAGGUAGAGGUAAGGUCUGCGUACACAUUUCAUUGGGUAUGCUGUUGUUGUUGGUGUUGAAUUUUCAAUUUAAUGCUAGCAAAUAUAUUGGAAAAUCAAACUGAUCCUAUUGCUGAUUUUCUAAUGUCUGAGUUUUAGUGUUUUCUGUCUUAAAGAUUUGUCUUUAUUUAAAAUAGUUGUAAGCUUGGUUUGUACCAGAGUUUGCAGGAAAAUGUAUGUAUUUUGUUCCUUGAUAAUUGCAUCAAGCUAGAUAUGUGGUCUUCAGUAGAAAUGCAGUACGACAGGCGGCAGCAUUAUUGUUUGUCUGAAUGGACGAGUAACUUACUAAUAACUAUAUUAGUUAGUUCGUACAGUUUUGGCAGAGUAUGCAGAGGUAAGUUUAACCUUUUAUGGCAUAUUCUGUUUUAUUCAUGUAGAAGGCUGGUGGCUGGGGAGGGUAAGUGUACGCAGUCCAUACCACUACCUCAGCGUGAGAUAGGCUGUUUCCGACAGACCCCCGGCUCAAGACAAACACAGUCCUGAAAAGAAGUAGUUAAGGAAUACGAAACAACAGCCAUUGGAGAUUUCAAGUGAAUUCAACUAACAAACAAUUUUUACAAGUCAUGAUUGGAGUUUCUGUGAUUAAAAAUUCGCCAUCGUGUUUAUUGUAAAUGGCUAAAGAUACUAGUAAUGCUGAAUCUGCUAAUCGGAGAGCUGGUCUCUUGAAGGACCAGGUUCGACUAGUCAAGAGAAAGAACAGUGAUCGAUAUGAAAUUGUCUCGAUACCUGAUAAUUUGUCAUUUGAGAAAGGUUUCUUUGUUGUAAUCCGUGCUUGCCAAUUGUUGGUUCAAAAGAAUGAAGGAUUGAUAGUAAUUGGUGUUGCUGGCCCCUCCGGAGCGGGGAAAACUGUGUUUACUGAGAAAAUACUCAGCUUCAUGCCUAGUGUUGCAGUUAUCUCAAUGGAUAAUUACAAUGAUGCUAGUCGAAUAGUUGAUGGAAACUUUGAUGAUCCACGGCUUACAGACUAUGAUACAUUGCUAAAAAACAUCAAUGAUUUGAAGGCCGGGAAGCCGGCUGAGGUUCCAAUAUAUGAUUUCAAAUCUAGCUCUCGCAUAGGAUUCAGGACUCUUGAAGUACCUAGCUCCCGCAUUCUGAUUAUUGAAGGUAUCUAUGCUUUGAGUGAAAAGUUGCGGCCUUUUCUCGAUCUUCGCGUAUCUGUGACUGGUGGAGUGCACUUUGAUCUUGUAAAAAGGGUUUUACGGGAUAUACAACGUGCCGGGCAGGAACCCUCGGAGAUAAUCCAUCAAAUAUCUGAAACGGUUUAUCCAAUGUACAAGGCUUUUAUUGAACCAGAUCUCAAGACUGCACAUAUAAAAAUUAUCAACAAAUUUAAUCCAUUUACUGGAUUUCAGAGUCCUACUUACAUUCUAAAGUCUUUUAGGGACGUGAAAGUCGAUCAAAUCAGGUCUGUCCUAUCCGAAGAACACACUGAAAGUACGGAGCAAACUUACGACAUAUACCUUCUGCCACCUGGUGAAGAUCCAGAGACAUGCCAGUCAUAUCUGAGGAUGAGAAAUAAAGAUGGAAAAUACAGUCUCAUGUUUGAGGAGUGGGUCACUGAUACUCCAUUUGUAAUAUCGCCAAGAAUCAGUUUUGAAGUUAGUGUGAAGCUUCUUGGUGGAUUGAUGGCUCUGGGAUACACAAUUGCGACAAUACUCAAAAGAAGCAGUCACGUAUUUUCUGAUGAAAAGGUUUGCGUGAAAAUUGAUUGGCUAGAGCAACUGAAUCGGCAUUAUGUUCAGGUCCAAGGAAGAGAUCGCCUUGUUGUAAAAUCUUUUGCUGAUCAGCUGGGACUGGAGGGGUCAUAUACUCCACGUACAUAUAUUGAGCAAAUACAACUAGAGAAGCUUGUGAAUGAAGUUAUGGCACUACCAGAUGAUUUGAAAACAAAGCUUAGCUUAGAUGAAGAUCUCGUCUCCAGCCCAAAAGAAGCUCUCUCUCGAGCCUCAGCAGAUAGAGUAGCAUGGAGAAACAAGAAUUCAAGAGGUGGAUUGUCCCAUUCGUAUUCAAAUCACACAGAGAGAAAUCUAUCCAAGAUUGAUACUGAUAGUCGAAGGUUUGAUGACAGAAACAGUGAUUCAGCAGCAACAUUAGCAAACCAGGGAGCUGUUACACAUUUAUCGGAACAAAUUUCUUCCUUGAAUGAUCGGAUGAAUGACUUUACAUCUAGAAUGGAAGAACUUAAUUCCAAGUUAAGCAGCAAAAGAGCUUCUCCAAGCGCACAAAGUCUGGCUUUGCAAGCCGAAGUUUGUAAUGGAUCCGGCCCAACUUCUUACUUCAUAUCUGGUUUAGAAAAUGGUUCCUUGACCGGAUCCAUCAUGCCAAAUUCGUCAUCCUCUUCUUCGCUAAUUCCAAAGGAGUCCACUCUUAUGGAAGAGCUAUCUAAUGUUGCGCGUGGACAACGCCAAAUUAUGCAUCAAUUGGACAACCUUAGCAAUGUUCUUCGUGACAGACUGGGAGAACAAUCACGGCAAGCAAGAACAAGCAAGACAAGAGACGUUAAUUCGAUCAGAGUACCUCUUGUUGUGACCUUAGCAGCUGGUGGAUUGGGGCUGUUUCUGUUUAAGAGCCUACAAAACCAGAAUUCUGACUUCUUGUUUGGGAACCAUGGAUGAUCGACAAACUGCAUGCAGAAUGAAAGGAUAUUGGAUUCAUUCCUCUUUGGUUUUCCAUCCUAUAAUCGGUUUCUGCAUUGGGGUCAACUAUAUUUUAGUACUUUUUAUGGAGGGGGCUGUACCUCACUGGGUAUGUUGUUUGUUAUGAAGGGGGCUCUACCAUUCUAGUAGUCAUAACUUAUAUGGUAGCUCUAACUUGCAAUAUGGCGAGGUUACGCGCAAUAGAUCGAUUAAAAAGGAGAACAAAUUAUCUUCAUCAA